AAAGGAAAAGGAAAAGGAAAUAAAAAGAGGAAGGUGAAGCUGGGGAGAGAGAGAGAGGGGGACAGAGUGUUGGUAGAAAGCAAAAGGAAAGCAAAAGGCUCUGUGACUCUGUCGGUCGUCAUCUCCCGUCGUUUUCUCAACGUUCAGUACCUCUGCAUUUCUGUUCUUCAGCUCUCAUUUCAUGGUGAGGGAAAAAAGCUUUCUUACAGAAGAACAGUUACUCUUGGGUUUCUCUAUGCUUUAAAUGCGGGCUGUUCAUAUUCCUCUGUAUCUCAUCUUACCGAACACAGAUCCACGUGAAAGCAGCUCCAUCUUCCCUUCCUUCUCCCUUCUCAGUUUGGUGCAGGAGCUCAUGCUUUGAGGGUUUUCGUUUUGAACCCCUUUCGGUCUGAGGUGUUUUUGAGAGGGGAAAAUGGACGGCCGGGUGAGAAAGCACAGGCAGACGAGCCCGGGGAGGGCUAGAGUUUGGACGGAGCCGUCACCUAAGCAGCAAACUAGAAAAGUCCCUGUUGUUUACUAUCCAUGCAGGAAUCGACAUCUCGAACAUCCCCAUUUCAUUGAGGUUCCGCUCUCAUCUUCCGUAGGCCUCUACUUGAGAGAUGUUAUUGAUAGGCUUAAUGUUCUUAGAGGAAGAGGCAUGGCUUCCAUGUAUUCGUGGUCUUGUAAGAGGAGCUACAAAAAUGGCUUUGUUUGGCAUGAUCUCUGUGAAGAUGAUCUGAUUCUUCCUACUAAUGGAAAUGAAUAUGUUCUCAAAGGUUCCGAGCUCUUGGAAGAAUCUCAUUCAGAUCGUUUCCAUCCCACUGUCAGAAAAAAGUUGCAGAGUUCAAAGCAAUCCCAAGAACGCAAAUUAUCUUGUAGCCAGGAGGCUGCUUCAUCUUCUUCAGGCAUGAUGGUUGUAAAGGGGCUAAAACCUACCCAAGAAGAUGAAAUCUCUCCUCCACUUCAACGGCCAAGUUCCUCUGACUUGUCUCCGGAUUCUAGAGUUGGAAACAACCCCUUAUGUGACUCUAGGAGCCUGACAGAGUACAAGGUCUGUAAGGGAGCCCAAGCAGCUGAUGCUUCAACACAAACUGAGGUAACAAGUGUGAGGAGAAAUAAGGCCCCAGAAACUUGUACAAGAGGUGUUUCAACUGAUGAUGGUUCCCUAGACCUUGAAUGCAAUGAGAAUCAUGAGAACCAUAUUCCACAAGCUAAGGAUAACUCCAAGCUGUAUAGGGAUGAGAUAUCCCCACCUCCAUCUUCUUCGAGCAUUUCUUCGGGUGGAAAGGCCGAGACUUUGGAGUCUCUGAUCAGGGCUGAUGCUAAUAAGAUCAAUAGCUUCAGGAUAAUUGAAGAGGAAGAUAUCCGUAUGCCCUCCACUAUGAAAGUGAAGCCUGCAAAAAUGUGGAUGCAAUUGAUCUCCUGUGGGUCCAUCUCAGUGAAAGAUCACCGUUUUGGCCUCGUAGCCACCUACAGACCUAGUUUUUCUCAUUCAAAAUUUCCCUCACCAUUGUUUUCUAAUACAAUGAUGUUGGGAGAGCUUGACUGUCUGUCAGAGAAUCCAAGAUCGAUGGGUCUGAGAUUGGAAGACAAAGCGUAUUUCAGUGGAAGCUUGAUUGAGACUAACACCUUCAGGGAAGAAGGAGAUGGGCCGACUGUUCUCAAAAGGUCUUCAUCAUACAAUGCUGACAGGACUUGUAAGACAUCGGAGUCAGCAGAUGACAAGGAGAGGGAAACUGAUAUUGCACGCUCAAAAUGCAUCCCUCAAUCAAUCAAAUCCUCACUGCGUAUGCAGCCAAGGAAGGAAACAAUGAGAUCCCCUGUUUCAGAGGGGCCUAGGAUUUCUUCAGCUGGAGCAGAGGGUUCACAAUCCAUCUCUCAUGGUUCAUGCAAUGGUGGCAGCAAGAGAAUCACAGACCCUUCCUCAGAGAAGCAACCAUCGAAGAGACUAGACUCCUUCAGGGAGGAGAAAGUGAUAAAAAUAGAAGAAAGGCUUGCUUCAGGAGCUCGGGUUAUAAUUCAAUCCAUGGCCCCUUGUGAUGAGGAUGAAGGCACGUCAUAGGAAGUUGGGAUUGGGAUGAUCAGACCAAUUUGUUUCUUCCUGGGAUGAUUGCAAAAUAUACAUAUGUAAUAUGUUGUUCUACUAAUUCGCAGGGAGGGUUGAAUGGGGACUAAUAUUUAGUUAGACAUGGAAGGCUUCUGUUGUUUGUCGUAGAACACGUGCAGGUUUCGUUCUUUCCUCUGUGAGGAAGAGAGAGGAAAGUUGGCCAGUGGGUCUACAAAAUUCAAGAAAGUUCAAUACCUGUAUGCUAGGUGAAGCCCAAAAAAUUUUGGAAUCUGCAAAUUGAAUUACAAUUGAUGUUAACAAGUGCUAUUGAAGUCUUUAAUCAAUAUUGUAUUUUCAUUUUGUUUGAAA